CGUGGAGGUCACUGGUUGACUUGGAAUAUGCAGACGAUAUUGUCCUGUUACGUGAAGAUGUUAACAAAAUAUAGGGUCUUCUAAACGUAUUGAGCAGAAAUCUGAAUGUUUGCCGACUUUGAUGUCACUUUUUUUCCUAUCCUUUAGUUCUUUGUGUACUACUGUUGAAUGUGGCAACUUGAGUUGAUGCACCUGUGUACAAGGUUCUUCGUUGGUUUUGUAUCUGUCUGACUGACUGCCUUUUAAAAUUUAGGUCUUCUAUUUACCGACAUGGGUAACUAAAAAUGAAGUCAUAUGGUUUAUUGUUAUUCAGUGCGUUUAUCCUAUUUUCAAUUCAGUCACUGCCGGUUUCAUUUUUGUUGUUAUUGCUGUCAUUUUGAUUGUAACAAUAAACGUUUUUACCAUUUCAUUCAUCUCCAGCAUUAUAUGGCUAAUCUUUCGCGUGUUGGUAAACUGGUCUUAUCGCGUACAGCGUUACUUUUGUGUGAUAUGCAAGAGAAAUUUCGUCCAACUAUUAGUCAUUUCAAUGCCAUUGUUGAGACAUCCAGUAGAAUGUUAACAGCUGCACGUUUACUAAAUAUGCGUACUGUGGUCACAGAAAUGUAUCCGAAAGGAUUGGGUCCUACUGUAAAGGAGUUGGGAGAUUUAAGUGGAGUUCCUGUUAUUCCAAAGAGAUCUUUCACCAUGCUAACGGAUGAGGUGAUGAACAUUUUGGAAUUGGGUAGCCAUACUGAUUCCGUAUUAAUAUGUGGUCUUGAGACACAUGUGUGUGUUCAGUCAACCGCUCUAGAUUUACUUGAUCGAGGAAUACAAGUUCAUUGUAUUGUAGAUGCUGUUUCUUCACGGAGUAUGAUCGACAGAAUAGUUGGAUUCCAACGAAUGCGCCAAUCUGGUGUCUAUCUAACAACAUAUGAAUCAGCUCUCUUGACUAUACUUUGUGGUUCCGACCAUCCACAAUUUCGGGAUAUUCAAAAGAUUAUCUUAAAGCCUACUCUAGAUAGUGGUUUAUUGACUGGAUUCAGUGAACCAAAUUUAAUUGGACGAUAGAAAUAGAGAUUAAAGGAGUGUAAUUUUCUCCUUUUCCUCUUUUCUCUAUUUCUUAUCUUUGCCGAUUAUUUAGUUACUUUUAUAUAUGUUUUUAUCCAUACAGACGUCUGUAUGUUGUAUACUUGACCAGCUGGAGACGAUUCAGUUUAUGUUAAAUGGAAAUAUAUUUUGUUUUUUUAAAA